CGAAUUGUUACCGUGUGCGGACUGUGCCGACGGGCAGCGGAACUGAGGCGGUGCAACUUGAGUGCUCGAUAAAUUGUUUUACUGAAACCCAGCCGCAAAUACAAUUUUCAAUUGGCUGUAUGCGUGUUUUCAACGCACAAACAUACAAAUAUAGCAUUUAAUUUUGUCCAUUAUGUGUGCAAUUAAAUAAAAAAAUUCUGUGUGUGAAAAAUCAAAAAGAAAAAACAGUGCGGUGAACGGAGGCAGCAACAAAUUAGACGCGUAAAUUGCGUAGCAAAUUCUGAAUGAAAAAAAUCAACAGAACCAGAAACCGAAUCACAAGCGAUAAGAUUACCGACUACAGAAACUCAAGCCUAACAGAAAUACACAUCACUGCCAUAUUGCAACAAAGAAUAUAGAACUGUUAUCAGCAACCAGAUCAACCAAUCUACCUCAGACGUAAAUCGAAAUAAAUGCGAACCCCCAGUUUCCCAUUAGGAAAAUGGAACAGGCAAUAACCAGGACCACAUAGAGGAAGCCACUAAAUCGUACCGUUGAGAUUACACAGUUGAGAUCAAGAGCCCUUGCAGAUAGACACCCAAUACCCCUUUAAGUUUUGGAAAGCCGCGCAAAGCCAAGAUGACGAAGAGCAACGGCGACGUGGAGGCGGCCACCCAGGUGCAAUCUCUGGGCGGAAAGCCCAGCAAUGGACACGGGCAGUUGAAUGGGAAUGGCUAUCACCAGAAUGGCGGUCGUCGGGACUCCAGCCAGGCGUUCACACCCCUGCUGCCCAGCAACGGGGAGGUGACUACCGCCUCCCUGCCGCCGAGCACCGUGCUGUACGAGAGCAGCCCGAGCAACAACAACGAGUGGAAGUCGCCCGAUCUGGGACCCACUGGCCAGCUGAAGAACGGCCUGGGCAGUCUGCUGAGCAGCAACAACAAUGGCACCGGCAACGGGCACAGUCUCAGCGAAAAGUACGCCCACGAACAGGCUCCGCUCACCGGCGGCUACAAGCUGCCGCCCCGGUCCAGUGAGUCCGAGGAGUCCGACUUCGAUUCCGACCUCAAUGGCAGCUCAUCCUCCUCCGCCGCCGCGGAGUCCAGCUGCGGCCUCUUCGGCUGCCGACCGAGGUGGGCCAGGAGAUUCGCCUCCACGCAUGUCUUCAUGGUGGUCUUCCUGCUGGCCUACAUCCUGCAGGGCAUGUACAUGACCUACUUUGUGUCCGUCAUCACCACCAUCGAGAAGCUCUUCCAGAUCAAGUCCAAGACCACGGGCAUCCUGCUGAGUGCCAGCGAGAUGGGUCAGAUAUGCACGGCCAUGCUGCUGACCUACUUUGCCGGGCGGGGUCAUCGGCCCCGGUGGAUAGCCUGCGGCAUGGUCCUCUUCUCCAUCGCCGCCUUUUCCUGCGCCCUGCCGCACUUCAUCUUCGGCGAGCAGCUGAUGCACUCCAGCGUGAUCCUCCAGCAGCCGCAGAUCGAGUCGUCCUCCCUCUGGCUAAAUUCCAGCAGCCGUGUGGAGCAGCUGAAUCCCAAUCUGUGCAUCUUGGGGGGCAAUCAAACCCAGUCAGGCAGCGAGUGCAACGAGGAGCGCCAGCUGGAGCAGGCCUCCCACUCCAAGAUCACCGUCAUCGUGCUGUGCAUCUUCUUCGGCAGCCUGCUGAGCUCGGGCAUUGGCCAGACCGCCGUGGCCACCCUGGGCAUCCCUUACAUAGAUGACAAUGUGGGCAGCAAGCAGUCGCCCAUGUACAUGGCCGUCACCAUUGGCAUGAGGAUCCUGGGACCCGCUUCGGGUUUCAUCUUCGGCAGCUUCUGCACUCGCUGGUACGUUAACUUCUCGAAUCCCGGCUUCGAUGCCACCGAUCCGCGAUGGAUCGGCGCCUGGUGGCUGGGACCGGUGGCCAUCGGCAGCCUCAUGCUGCUGGCCUCCAUCGCCAUGUUCUCGUUCCCAAAGCAGCUGCGGGGCAAGCAGCAGUCCCAGGCCCAGGCGGCCACUCCAGCCGCUCCGGCUGAGCCCGAGGAGAAGCCCAAGCUGAAAGACUUUCCAAAGACCGUGCGCCGUCAGCUGAGCAACGACAUCCUGAUGUUCCGCACCGCCUCCUGUGUGUUCCACCUGCUGCCCAUCGCCGGCCUCUAUACUUUCCUGCCCAAGUAUCUGGAGACACAGUUCCGGCUGGCCACCUACGAUGCCAAUAUGAUAGCCGCCUUCUGCGGCAUCCUGGUCAUGGGCAUCGGCAUCGUCAUCUCGGGCCUGUUCAUCUUGAAGCGGAAGCCCACUGCCAAGGGCGUGGCCGCGUGGAUCGCCUUCACGGCCCUGGUUUACUCAGCGGGCAUGAUCAUCCUGAUGUUCAUCGGCUGCAGCAUGAACGACUUUGCCGGCUACAAGCCCAGCGAUGGCAACAGUCCCGCUCUGAUCGAGCCCACGUGCAGCGCCGCCCUCAACUGUACCUGUGAUAAGGAGAACUUUGCGCCCAUCUGCGCCGAUGGCAAGAUGUACAUCUCGGCCUGCCACGCGGGAUGCAGCAGCUCCUCGCUGCGGCCCAGCGACAAUCGCACCCUCUACUCCGACUGUGCUUGCAUUCCAGAUGCUCCGGAGGCGGUCAACGGUUACUGUGAUAAUGACUGCAAGAACUUCAUCUACUUUAUACUGAUCUUUGCCAUUUGCGUAUUUAUGCAUUCCACCUCCGAGGUGGGCAGCAUGCUGCUCGUCAUGCGUUGUACACAUCCCAAAGAUAAGGCCAUGGCCAUGGGUGUGAUACAGUCGGCCAUCGGCCUGUUCGGAAAUGUUCCUUGUCCGAUCAUCUACGGCGCAGUGGUGGACUCCGCCUGUCUCAUCUGGAAGUCGGUGUGCGGCAAGCACGGAGCCUGCUCGCUCUACGAUGCGGACACCUUCCGGCAAUAUUUCCUAGGAAUCACGGCUGGCAUUAUGUUCCUGGCAUUCCUGAUGGACCUGGUGGUUUGGCGCAAGGCGCAUCGCAUCGACAUCGCGCCGGAGGAUCCGCAGGAGGGCGGUCCCACGGCCAACGGAAGGUCCUUAGAGGUGUCCGAGUCCAAGCAGCCCAUCACUCCGGCGCCGGACACGACGGUCUAGGGGGAGCGGGACGGAGACGAGCCUUGCACCUGCUGCAAGUUUUCCAAUAAACGUUUACCUUAAUUGUUAAUUAGUUAUCAUUUUGUCUAGUUUGUUAGCCUAGUGCAAGAGUUAUGUAUUUAGUUAAGUGGCAUCUUCGAGCGUCGGGAGACCUCAUAAAAAUCUACAUUAGAACGCGCUCGUCCAGCCCCCCGAUCCCGCUCCAAAUCCCCGCUCCAUAUUCUACAUAAAACCUAUAACUUACGAUUAAAUUCUGUGUAAAUCUCAACGCGAAACGAAGAAAUGAAAUUCUAGACAUUAUCA